UAUUCAGUUGGAAGAACAAACACUCUGCGUUGAACCAACCACUUUAGACAGAGGUUCUACUUUCAGAUGGUCCCUAAUGUAGAGACACGUUUGCCAGACAGGCGGGAAAAACACCAAACCUUUAAUACACACUGUACAUGGAAUCAAAUAGUGGUAAAACUUCCGUAUAUGUAGUAAUUAUUGUUCGUAUAGUGGUUUAUAUUUAUUUACUUAGUCAUUGUCGUGGACGCUAUAUCUAUGCUGCUUCUGUUAAUAUUCGGGUAGAGGAGCAGGGUGGAUCUUUGCCAGUUCUUUGGUCAGUGGUUUCUGUGAGACACGUCAAAUGUAUGUAGCUGUGACGACCAAUCCUGGCCACAGACAGAAUGUUGAGGCUACUUUUAUUCAAUGUGAUGUAGCUUUUUAGGGUUAAAUUGUGGUAAUGGGUACGGGGUAGGAAUUAAAAUCAGGUAAGCAUUAAGAUUAUAUGAGGGUCUGACCUUCUGUGGCUUCUUGUUCUUUUCAUAUGUUACAUUAUGGGUAUUGUUUAAAAUAUGUUUAUAUGGCUCAUAAUAUUAUUUUUUCAGAAAAUACUAAGCCAUCUGUUAAAGACCAGUCUUCUUGGACCUAAUAAGACAUCAUGUUUAUGGUAUAAAAUUGGGGUGAAAAUAUGAAUUGUAGUUCCAGUAGGAUGGGCCAGUAAUGGUUGGAGAAUAAGGAAAUAGACAACUAACUUCUUGUGGGCCAGUGAGAUAUUGUGUAGUCACAGGCACAGAUUGAUUGCAUUAUUUUGCGGCUUCGUUAUCACGCACACAAAGGAAUAAAUGGAAAUGAAGGCAGAGUCAUAAGUCUUGGUGUGUGUAUAUUAUGAGUUACACACCAUUUGAGUGGAUCAUGUUAUAUGUCAGUCAUCUCCAUCCCCAGAGGAAAGGGGAUGUUUCAUAUGAAAACUACCAACAGAACAUCUCCGUUUACUAUAUGGAUAAUCUGAGGUGGAACUGUAUAGAAAUUACAUUCACUUGACCUGAAUACAAAACUGACAGAUUCAGGAGUAACAUCAAGGUAAGAGGAGGAAAAACCAUGAGAGAGUGAUUGUUUUUUUUCUUCAUCCCUCAUGUAUCCAGUUUCCCUUGGAUCUCUAUAACUGGUUCCAAAUGACGAACUACAGUGACAUUAAUUCGAUUACGAUCAUUUUUCCUCACGUGAUAACAUCGAUGAACAAUUUUCUCCCAGUUUCCCUGGGUAACGAAUUCAACUUUGUACUGUAUGUAUGUAAAUACUGCAGAAAUGCACCUGUUGUUAUUGUUAGUCAAAACGUUUUAGGAUGAAUAACAAAAAAGGUGCUCAUGAAAGGAAGAUAGAUAUUGCUACUUAUACUAUAUAUCCUCUACUAUACUAUAUAUAGAGUGUGAGUUGUGUUUCCAUGAGAUGGGAUUGUGGGAUGUCCUCAGGUCACAAGCUGCUUCUUGGACUCGUCUAAUAGAGAUAAUUCAGUUCCUCUUUGGACUUUUGAAAAAUAAUUUAAAAAAAAUAACUCAGUCCAAACCUCUUGGAAAAUCAAAUUUAAUUCAUGUCAAAUCCAUUUCUAUUCAGUAUACAAUUAGAUGUUAACACUUAAAAAUUUAAAAUACAACACAGCCCAUUGACAAAGACAUUAUGAUGAGAUGUCACAGCUGUUGGGGGCGCCUGAGGGCCAACUGUCAGAGUAAUACCAAGACAGAGUUCAGGAGCAGGAGGUUAUUUAAAUAAGUCCACAACUUAAAUCAGGCAAUAGAUCCAACGUAAGCUGAGUCUCAUCUCAACGAACACAGCAAAGAACAUGGAGAAUACAAUCAUAUAGGAACCACAAGAACAACAAUGAUCCAACAGCAGGUGAUGGUGAAACAGUGAUUCAUCCAGAGGAGAGUCAGGAGGCGGGAAAUCAGACAGGCACGACACGUGAAACAGAUCAUGGAGGAAGCCGUCACCAGGAAAUUUGUACAUGAAGACAGCAGCCACAUUGUCUCAUUCUGUGCUGCAGUGGAGGCUUGUGUUCUGCAUGGACUCAAACGACGGGCGGCAGGUUUUCUGCGUAGCAACAAGAUCGCAGCGCUCUUCAUGAAGGUGGGGAAGAGCUUUGCCCCUGCUGAGGAGCUGUGCAGGAAGACUCAGGCGCUAGAGCAGAUCAUUGAGACCAAACGAAGUCAGAGCCUUCAGAGUCAGGACAGCUUUCGCAAAAUACCCCGGUUGCCAAGCCUCCACCCACAAGGAGUCAAGAACUUUUGGAUCAGGACGGCUCUUUUUGAGAAGGUUCUGGACAAGAUUGUCCUCUUCCUGGUGGAAAACAGCAGCAAAUACUACGAAAAAGAGGCUGUUCUAAUGGACCCUGUAGAUGGACCUAUCCUUGCUUCUUUGCUAGUUGGACCUUGUGCUUUAGAGUACACAAAGAUGAAGACCGCCGACCACUUCUGGACGGACCCUUCCGCUGAUGAGUUGGUGCAAAGACAUCGCAUCCACAGUGGCCACUGCAGGCAGGACUCUCCCACCAAAAGACCUGCACUUUGUAUCCAGAAGCGACACUCCAGCAGCAGCAUGGACGAACGACCUUCUCCCUCACCAUCAGCUCGUGAAUACGUGGAGUCACUGCACCAGAACAACAGAGCCACACUGCUGUUUGGCAAAAACAAUGUGCUUGUGCAACCGAGGGAUGACAUGGAGGCCAUUCCAGGCUACCUGUCCCUGCACCAGACUGCUGACAUAAUGACACUGAAGUGGACGCCCAAUCAGCUAAUGAAUGGCUCCGUUGGAGACCUGGACUAUGAACGGAGUGUGUACUGGGAUUAUGCUAUGACAAUCCGCCUACAGGAGAUAGUUUAUCUGCACUGUCAUCAGCAAGUUGACAGUGGAGGUACAGUGGUGCUGGUCAGUCAGGAUGGAAUCCAAAGGCCUCCAUUUCGCUUCCCCAGAGGAGGUCAUUUGCUCCAGUUCCUCUCCUGCUUGGAGAAUGGCCUUCUACCCCGUGGCCAGCUGGACCCUCCACUCUGGUCCCAGCGGGGGAAGGGUAAGGUGUUCCCCAAGCUGCGGAAGAGGAUUUCGCAGGGAUUGGGUUCCUCAGACUUUGUGUCAGAUAAGGAGGAGGAUGAGGCCACUGACUAUGUCUUUCGCAUCCUCUUUCCAAACAGCCAAUCAGAGUUUGUGACUGCUCCAGAGCUGAUGGAUCCGGGAGCUACGAUGUGGCAUCCCACUCUCAGGAAGAUGUCGUGUUCUUCUUGUUCUCAAGGGAGCUUCUCUGAUGGAGUGACACCCAAAGGAUGUAACCAUGAGAGGGCUCCACUGAAGCUGCUUUGUGACAGCAUGAAGUAUCAGAUCAUCUCUCGGGCGUUUUAUGGCUGGCUGGCAUACUGUCGUCACCUGUCCACUGUGCGUACGCACCUCUCUGCCCUCGUCAAUUACACCAUCGUGGCGCCUGAUGUGCCGUGUGAUGCCUACAAAGGGGUCACCACAGAUGUGUGGACGAUGUUCCUCCAGGACUGCACAACCUGCAAGGAGCAGGAGCUGUUUCGUCUGGUCUACUUCGGUGGCGUGGAGUCCUCUCUGCGGAAGAAGGUUUGGCCUUAUCUGCUCGGUCACUACCAGUUUGGAAUGUCAGAUACCCAGAGGAAUGAGGUGGAUGAACAGGUGCGAGUGUGCUACCAGGAGACCAUGUGUGAGUGGCUCAGCUGUGAGGAAAUUAUCCGCCAGAGAGAGAAGGAGCAGCACGCUGUAGCCCUGGCUAAGUGUUCCUCCGUGGUGAGCACAGACAGUUCCAGUCAGAGGAUGAUUCCUCACGACUCCACCGUCAGCAGUGAGUCCCAGUCGUCCCAGAGUUCAGACAGACAGAGUCUGGCUCACCUGCAGAGUGACUCCGGCAACAGCACACAGGUGUUUGAGUCCGUGGAGGAGGUGGACCAAAUAGAGAUGGAGCCUAAGGCCGACGAGGCCAAACAAGUGCCAAAGAUGCCAAAUGGUGCACUUCAGAAUGAGACAUGCUCUCCUGAUUCUGCACAUCCCUCCUCUCGUAACUUCUCUGUCACUUCUGGCUUGUCGGAUGUGUCACUAAGCACAGAGGACGCUGCUGCACCUGACACAACCUCAAGAUCUUCAGCCGUCUCCAUCCCUCAGACUGUACACAGCACUGUCAAAUCCACAGGGCCGGAUGCUGAAGGUAUCUCAAAGGAAAUGCAAAAUCUGGAUAAACUUGAAGUUGGGGACAAAAACAAGGAAAAGAAAGAGGCAAUUAAAACAUUGGAUGUAACUAAAACUAGAGAAAAAACUAAGACUGAGGUCACAGUUGAUGAAAUGGUCCAACCAAAGGAAGAGUCUGUGGAUCAGUCUGAAGCUAAUGAAACAAAGGAAGAAAAGAUAGAUGAUGAAAGCCUGAAGUCGGAUGAUGAAAAAUCUUUAGACUUAGUUACAAAUAGAAAAGAAAUAUCUGUUCAUAAUACAUUGAUGAAAAAAUCUUCAGAAGCAGAAGAUGUGGAAACAUCAAAGCUUGAGGAAAAGAUAAAAGAAACUAAGGACACAGGAACAGACAGUAAACCACCAGAGUUUUAUUCCAGACAGGGAAAGGAAAACACCAUUCAAGCUUCCAUGGCUCCUGAGAAGGAAACUGUCCUUCUAGUCUCAGCAGAAACUAGAGUCUCCGGAGCCUACGGUGCCUCUCAGAAGGAGGAGGCUCAGGUUAUGACUGAAUCUGAUGAGUCCCCCUCAGCCAUAGAGAUGGAAGAGAUCCCCAAAGCCAAAGUUUCUAUGGCGCCUUGGAGCAGUAAGGGCCAUGGUGAACCCCUGUAUUCUUGUAAAGAGCUCAGACCAGAGGAAGAGCAGGGAAAACCUAGUCCUGAGGGCACUGAGUCCAUGCUGUCAGAGGAGCCAGAGAUAGAGAGUCUGUACACUCACUUUGUUUCUGUAGCAGAGUCACGAGACACCAAGAACAAGGGGACCUCUCAAGAACCCGCUGGAAGUAGUUUUCCUCAAGAGCUCCUGGACUUGUAUACACUAAACCUGCACCGCAUCGAUAAGGACGUCCAGCGCUGUGACAGGAACUACUGGUACUUUACUGCUGCCAACCUGGGGAAACUGCGCAACAUUAUGUGCAGCUAUAUCUGGAGACACCUGGACAUCGGUUACGUGCAGGGCAUGUGUGAUCUUCUGGCCCCACUCCUUGUCAUUCUAGAUGACGAGGCCAUGGCCUAUAGCUGCUUCACUGAGCUCAUGAAGAGAAUGAAUCAGAACUUCCCACAUGGAGGAGCCAUGGAUUCUCACUUUGCCAACAUGCGCUCCUUAAUCCAGAUUCUGGACUCUGAACUGUUUGAGCUGAUGCACCAGAACGGUGACUACACUCACUUCUAUUUUUGUUACCGCUGGUUUCUCUUGGACUUCAAGCGAGAGCUGGUGUACGACGAUGUGUUUUCAGCCUGGGAAACAAUUUGGGCAGCUAAGCACGUCUCCUCUAGUCACUUUGUCCUCUUCAUCGCUCUAGCACUAGUGGAGGUCUACAGGGACAUCAUCCUGGAGAACAACAUGGACUUCACUGAUAUCAUUAAGUUCUUCAAUGAAAUGGCUGAGCAUCAUAACAUAAAGCAGAUUAUGACGCUGGCUCGAGAUCUGGUGUGUAAAGUGCAAAUGCUGAUUGAGAACAAGUAACGGUGCUUUUCUUUUCCUUUAAAGCAAAGUUGCUGUAGCAGCACAAGUUUAUCUGAGCUCACAUACAUACUGUACACAGCCAGACACACACACACACGACACAAAGCCUUUACAAUCUCUGUUUGCUGCUAUGAGCCUUAUUGACUCUGUCCAAUUAUCCAGUAAUUUGUGUUGUCAGCAGGUGUCCGAGACUUUUGGGCUUAAUACUUUGGUCUGGUCUACGUUGUUGAACGUCUGUUCAACAGUUAACAAAUGUAGAAAGAAAACAUUUUUAAAUGUCAGACUUGCCUCAAAUGUGGAACAUGGUACUAGUGCACUUAUAUAUUUUCAAAUAAGGAUUUUAGUUGCACAUUUUAAACCAAAAUGCAGAGCUGAAUUGAAAAAGAGAUUAUAUUUAUUAGAAACAAUGUUGUGAUAAUAGUUAUUAUAUAAGAUAAAACAGUUAGUAUUUGUUCUUUUACGAGUUUAUGUAAAUUUACAUUUUUAAAUAUUUCAGUGAAUACCCUUUUACUAUUUCUGGAUUGAGUGAAAAAUGUAACUAUUAAUUUUUCUUCACAAAAUAGUCUUAAUUUGAAUUCCUUUUCGGCAAACACACCAACCUCCAGGUAUGUCCAGAAAAUCUUAGCUUUCAACACCAUGCCAGUGAUUAGCUCCCAGAAGUGUUUUCAGUCUGCCUUGUCUACCAAAUAGUAUGUCCUGCAUUGUUAUGUGUGAACUGUACUGUACUAAGAGAAUAAUGUGUUGUACUGUAGUUGAACUAUGACGAUUAUAUUAUGUUUCCCGUUGUUAAACCAUAACCUGAUUAUCAAUGUGACGUUUGGAUGUUUGCCCAGAUAUACAUACAAAAGCCUGGUUCAAUAGUCUUUUUAAACUAUUCCUUCCAGUGAAUGAUUGUUUGUAUUUGUUGUAAACUGUGCAGUUUACUCGCCUUUGUUUUUUCUUUAUUGUCUCGUAUUGUCUGGCGCUGUUUUCUCAAAUAAAGAGUUCCAUUUAGCUUGACUAGGAGUGCUAACAGAAACUCACAUUUGUUGCAAUAGUGUACAAGUGACUACUAGCAAAGGCAUGGCAAUGAAACUGUGUCUAUGGAAUUAAGAAGUUUCCAGUGGACACAAAACACAUGCUAUUAACCUCAGUAGCAGUAACUACUCUUGCUGACAUUGUUGCCUGUGAUUGUGUUCUUUCCUGACGGUGUUGGCAGUAAAUUGUUUUUACGUGAACUAUUUUGCUUUAGAAAAAAUAAACUCUUUCUGAUUCAUUGUAUUUAUUAAACAAAUAAUUUAUUUGUUUUAGAUGUUAUUUAGUUAUUAUAAUUAUUUUCUUUAUGCUGCCUUGUUUGUAGCUUAUAUUUUUUAUUUUGUGGUCAGCUUGACAUACAUAUUGUUAAACAAUCAAAAUCUAUACUAAGAUUAAAUAUACAGUAUGUGUAUAUGGUAUGUGUUCUUAUUAAAAAAAUAAAAAUGGAAUUAUUAUUUUUCCAAAGACAGUUUGUAAGGUGUAUUCUAAUGGGAAAACCAACGGGAAAACAAAUGGUAAAGGUAAGUAUUAAAGAACUGUUAAAAAAUUGUUGAUAUGAACAUGU